AUGAAUCUUCCGUUGCCGACGCAUAUCCGAACCAUCAGCAACCACCGCUCAAUCUCCUCUGCCACCACUCAACCUCCUCCAUCCAAGCUGUUUCUCCCUCCUUCUGGUUUCAACGCCGACGUCGAUGUCGAUCCCUCGAUUUCAAAGGCACAAGCAUCAUCGGAUCUUCCUUUCUUCAAUUCGUUUCCAUCUUUCCCUCAGAUUCGCGGGUGUGGCUGUGGAAUCGACAAUGAUUGGGCCAACGACGAGAAUAGAUCAAUCUCGGCUGGAACAGAAUGUUCAUAA